AUGGCGGGGCUCACAGAUGAGCUCAACUACAUUCAGUAUGACCACAGCCUCGAGAGCAAAUACCUCCCCGCCAUACGCUCUCUCAUCGCCAAAGACCUGAGCGAGCCCUACAGCAUAUAUGUCUACCGCUACUUUCUGUGCCAAUGGGGCCACUUGUGUUUCAUGGUCCUCGACUCUGACGCGUCCCUCGUCGGAGUCAUCAUCUGCAAGCUCGAGGUGCACUCGUCCCACUCUCCUCCCACACGCCGCGGCUACAUCGCCAUGCUCGCCGUAGCGUCAAGUCACCGCGGAAAAGGCAUAGCCACGGCCCUCGUCAAGAAGGCCAUCGACGCCAUGGCCACGCGGAGCGCGGACGAGAUUGUGCUCGAGACGGAAGAGACCAACAUACCCGCGGUGCGCCUCUACGAGCGUCUCGGCUUUCUGCGCUCCAAGAAGCUUCACCGCUACUAUCUAAACGGCAACAGCGCCUACCGCCUCGUUUUGCUGCUCAAAUCUAUCGAUCCGGAUGCACACAUGGAGGAAUCGGACGAAUUAUACUCUUGA